CGUAACGUGAUGCGAUACAUAUAUUCAUGUUGAAAUUUAUAUUUCUGCAUCUGGGUUGUGUGCAGUGAUUACAAUUAUUUUUACUAGAUUUUUUUUUCUCAGCAGAAAAUGAAUGUUUGGACAUAUACGUUCCUAUUAUUGAUGGCAUUCAACGUCGGAGGUGAAGAAUUCUGUCACCUUCGUGAUAACGAGCCUUGUACUGGAAAUAAUGCAAAUAAAUACGUAACACAAGUAGAUAGUGGAGAAAUAAAUGAGAGGUACGAUAGGUACUUUAAAGCAAUAGACGAUGCACAGAAAAAUUUUGUGGAGGUCAAUUGUACAAAGAAUCGUUGUUUCAAAGAUAUCAUUACUAAGGACUUAAAACCCUUCAAGUUAAGAGGAAUUAAUAAAAAAUUAAUCGAUGUUGCAAAAAGCAGGGGUACAUUUUACCAAAUAAUAGAUGGCCAAUUAUAUCGCGAAAAAGAUUGUAUGUUCCCAUCAAGAUGUAGCGGUAUUGAACAUUUUAUUUUCGAAAUAAUAAAUAAGUUGCCUGACAUGGAUUUAGUCAUAAACACGAGAGAUUAUCCUCAAACGAAUCAACAUUUUGGAGAACCUUUACCAAUUUUUUCUUUUAGCAAGACUUCACAGUAUUUCGACAUAAUGUAUCCUACAUGGUCAUUUUGGGAAGGAGGACCUGCAAUAGCUUUGUACCCCAGAGGACUCGGAAGAUGGGACCUGCAUAGGAAGUCUCUAAACGCAGCCAGUGAAAAUCUACCUUGGCCGCAGAAAAAGGCGAAAGCAUUUUUCAGAGGAUCCAGAACAAGUUCAGAAAGAGAUAACUUAAUUCUGCUAAGUCGGAAGGAACCAGAUCUCGUCGAUGCUCAAUACACAAAAAAUCAGGCCUGGAAAUCUGACAAUGACACGCUACAUGUACCUCCAGCUCUAGAAGCUCCACUAGAAUCUCAUUGUGAAUAUAAAUAUUUAUUUAAUUAUCGAGGAGUUGCAGCUUCCUUUCGCCACAAACACUUGUUCUUAUGCCGGUCAUUAGUUUUCCAUGUCGGUGAUGAGUGGCUUGAGUUUUACUAUACUCUAAUGAAGCCAUGGAUUCACUACAUUCCAGUUCCUAAGAAUGCCAGUCAGAGUGAAUUAAGAGAAUUAAUUAAGUUUGCAAGAGACAACGAUGAAAUAUCUGAAAAAAUUGCGAAUAAAGGGAGAGACUUUAUAUGGCAAAACUUAACAAUGUCAAAUGUUAUUGCAUAUUGGAGAAUAUUACUCAAAAGAUAUAGCAAGCUGUUAUUGUACAAACCAGUUUUAGGCAAAAGCCUUAUAAGAAUAUACAAGAAAUGAAAAAACAGAAGUACCUCAACCUAGAUUAUACUAUUUCUAUAAAAUCUGUAUAUUUUUUACUUUUUUUUACAAUAAAAAGUAAUUGAAAUGGC